AUGCACAACUGCUGUGAAGAAGCCUUAUGCUCACAAGUGACACCAAAAUGUUCUGAGAAGGACUACAGUCGAGAUUAUGGUGACGUCACCAGGCUGUGUAACAACAUUUACUCUAGUUGUCCUUCUACUCUCGUAAAUAAUUUAAAGAAAAACAACUUUUGCAACAAUUUGAAAAAAGGCAGACGCUCAAACGGUCAAUGUGUCGCCAAUACUGCAGCUGUUGGUGGUGCUUGUCCGCAGCCAACGUACAAGGUUGUAACAUUCAAAAACGUUGCCUUAGAUCAUUUUUUGGUUGAUUGCACAAAAUAUGUGUCGAACAUCGUCCGGAUUGGAAGAACCUCACGAGAGGAGCUUAACAACAUUCAACUCAGCAAAGUCAUUCAUGAAACGGGAAUUGAGAAAAAACAUCGCGCAAGCUACAUGAAAGCUUGUACAGAAAUGCGAAUUGCAAAGAGAAACCUUAAGAAGCUCUUUAGAUACUUGUCAAAACCGCAUUUUACCGUUAAAUCAUUCCUUGAGGCUGCUAGCAAAGAACAUAUUAGCUCUCUUUUGAGCAUGUCACCUGAUUCAGAACAGAACGAAGAAAAGACUUUAGAAGAGAAAUUAAAAACAUGUGUGAAGACAUGGCUGGAAGAGGCAAAAAGUCAAGUUGAAAGCUCCUUAACGAAAAAAAGAGUUGAAAAAUUUCGCUGCAAGACAGAAAGCAGGAACGAGGAAGAAGUUUUGCGUGGUGAAGCAUUUGACUCAAAUGUUACGUCUAAAGAAAGGCAACAGGAUACUGUGGAAGACGAGGUGCCUUUGGACGACGUAAGUGCGUCAUACGAUGAAAUUCAAGAGGGUGUUAACAAUGAAGAACCGUUAACUGAUGGUAUCGAAAUUUCAUCAGCUGAGCCAGAUGAAAAUUCUAGUCUUCUUGAUGAAGAUGAUCUUUGGUCAUUAACUUCGACACAACGUGUUAAUUUCCUUCGUGCUUUACGUGGAAAACUUAUUGCAAAAUUUAGGGAAGCUGUUGAAUCGUUUGAAAAGAAUAAACGUUUUCGUCAAGAUUUUCUUGAUGAACGCACAGUUUGCGUUCUAAAAAGUUACGAUGUUAUUGCCAUGACAGUUACUGGAGCUGCAACUCGUUCACAUUUGUUGGAGAAAUUAAAGCCUUGUGCUGUGAUUGUUGAGGAAGCUGCAGCAAUAAUGGAAGGUCAAUUGGUAUCAAUUCUUCCUAAAUCUUUAAAGCAUCUGGUUAUGAUAGGAGACCAUUAUCAGCUAAAACCAAGAGUUAACUGCUACAAACUGCUAAAAAAGAAUCUUGAUUGCUCCAUGUUCGAGCGAUUGAUUAACAAUAAAUUUCCAUUUGUCCAGUUAAAACAACAAUGUCGAAUGCGUGAUGAUAUAGCCGAUCUUCUUCGUGAGAUAAAAUCUACGACAACUUAG